AUGGACAGAAAGCAGUGCCUGGAGAUUAUUGCUUCCUCUACCAGCGUCUCCGCUGCGAGAAUCAUCCACCAGCGCAUCGCCCAAAGCCCGUUUGGCACCGAUGUCUUUGUGCUCAACCGCAUGAUCGAAAUGUACGCUAGAUGCGGCAGCAUGAGAGAUGCCCGGAUUGUUUUCGACAGCGUCGUCGGUGCUGGAAAUCCCUUCUCGUGGUAUCUCAUGCUCGCGGCAUAUGCCCGGAAUGGGCAUCUAGCAGACGCCAAGCGCAUAUUUGACACUAUGCCUCAGCAGAACCUUGUGUCCUGGACGUGUUUGCUUGUGGCAUAUUCUCAGGAUGGGAAUCUUGAAAAAGCGCGCAGGAUUUUUGAUAAUAUUCCGCUGCGGGACAUUGUUGUGUGGACGUCCUUGCUCUCGGCAUAUGCCCAAAACGGGCAUACUGACGUGGCAAAGAUGGUCUUUGGCGAAAUGCCAGCCAGGGAUCUGUUCUCAUGGACGGCUGUGAUCGACGCUCUCGCGCAAGACGGGCUUGUGGAGGAGGCCAAGAAGAUUUUCGACGAUAUGCCACAGAGGAAUCUUGUUGCGUGGAACUGCAUGCUCUCGGCAUAUGCUGGAAACUUGUGUUUGGGAAGAGCGACUCUUAUGUUCGAGACUAUGCCCGAAAGGGAUUUGAUAUCCUGGACUUGUAUGAUCACUGCACAUUCCGAAGUUGGGAAUCUCUCUGAAUCUAAAAGAUACUUCGAUGAAAUGCCGCAACGCAACAUUGUCUCAUGGAACUCUAUCCUUUGUGCAUAUGCCCAAAGAGGGUAUAUUACAGAAGUGCGGGGAGUGUUUGAUACAAUGCCAAACAGAGAUUCCGUGUCGUGGAAUGUUCUGAUUUCUAUGUACGCGAGGAAGGGACUUGUGGAGCAGGCAGAGAAUCUCUUUAGCAAAAUUCCGCAAAAAAAUGUAGUUACGUGUAAUGCCAUGCUGGCAGCAUAUGCCCAACAAGGGAAUCUUACAGCUGCCAAACACACAUUCUUGAACACAAUGCCACAAUGGAAUCUAGUGACGUGGAAUAUCAUGCUGACGAUGUACAGCCAGCACGGUUGCGUCGAGGAAGCUAAAGCUUUGUUUGAAUCAAUGUCACAAAGGAAUCUCAUGACGUGGAAUGCGCUCUACGCGGCAUAUGCCUUUCAAGGGCAUCUGGAAGAAUCUAAUCGCAUUGCGUCCGAGAUGCCAGAACAUAACAUAGUAACGUGGACUUCGAUGCUGGGGGCAUAUGCCCAAAACAAGCAACUGGACACCGCCACAGCGAUUUUUAACCAAAUGCCCGAGAGGGACUUAAUUUCCUGGGAUGCCUUGCUCGUAGCAUAUGCCCAAAACGGGCAUAUACUCAAAGCUCAAAGCCUUUUCAGCGUCAUGCCCGAGCGUGAUGCCAUUGCCUGGACCGCGCUUUUAGCCGCCUACAGCCAAAACAAUCACCGAAAACAAGCGUUCGCCACCUUUGCAUUGAUGAAUCUCACGGAGACUCCCGACGAGAUUUGUUUCAGCUUGCUUGUCACUGCUUGCAGCCAGGGUGGCAAAGCUUCUGCUGGAAACCGCUGCUUCCAGUCUAUGAUCCAGGACUACUGCCUAGAGCCAACGAGGCAGCACUACUCUUGCAUGGUGGACUUGCUCAGCAGAGCUGGAUAUCUGGAAGACGCUAAAGAUCUCAUCAGCAGUAUGCCGUAUGAAGAUGAUGCAAUAGAGUGGACUUCCCUGCUCGGGGCCUGUGGAAGCCACAGCGACAACAGUCGAUGA